CUGAGAGAGACAUGAAACGGUGUUAGUUUUAAUAUUUCAGUUUGGCUUUAACUUCGUAUUUAAGUGUUCAUGUCAGAGAAAAAUGGCUGCCCUGUGACUGUGUGUGUGUGUGUGUGUUUGUGUGUAUUUUGUGUGUUUUCCUGCAUGUUUAUCCUGACCUGUUGAUGCAGAUCAACAUAAAGUGUUCAGUUCUGAGUUUUAAAGGUUCCUCUGUGAUUUUAUCGCUCAGACCUGCUGGUUUUGUGUGUCUGUGUGUGACUCACCGUUUUACGUCUGCAGUAGACAUCGGGCUCUAUUUUCCUGCUCGCCGGCGACACGGCGGAGGGUGGCAGACCCCGUGCAGUGGUAUCUUCGUCUGGCGGAGCCCGGCGUACAGCCAGUUAUUUAUGUAGACUGAGUUCCACCGAGGUCCGCCAUGCUGGGCGUGGUGGCGUGGCAGGGGGAGGUGUCGACAGAAUCAGCGGAUGCAGUGACAUUUUUGUGCUCGCCGACGGCGUGGAAAGUGCGCUGAAAGCUCGCCGAUUCAAACCUGGUCAGCUUUCAGCGCAGACGGAGCGCAGCUGGUCUCGUGGUAUUUUGGUAGACCGGCGGCGUAUCAGCAUACGUCACCGAUGUCUCACCUGCAGGUUUCCACAGUAUCAGGAACAUUUGUACAAAAAUGGUAAUACGCCUCGCCGAUGGCGGGUUUAAAGGUGAGGAGAGCCCGGUGCUAAAUCUGAUGUCAGGGCAGGUGAUUUGAUCCCCAUCCAGCCCAGGAGACAGUUAGGAGGAGCGGUUCUGAUUGGUGAAAACAGGUCACGGCUUCGUUUAACCCACUCCACGCCUUCUCUACGACUACAACACCGCUGGGAGGAGCUGAGUUAGGGAGGGGGGACACUUACGCCGGGCUGCGCUGUCACCAAAAUACCAAAAUGUGCUCAGGCACGCCUUGUCGGCAUGGCAGACCUGACUUACGCCACGCCUACGCCAUGUCGCUGGCGAGGAAUGAAAAUAGAGCCCAUGAUCUUCACUUCCUGGUUUCUUUGUGUUUCUGCAGGAUCAGAGCAGGUUCUGACUCAACAGCAACAGGCCAUCAUCAACCAGCAGGCCAUCAUUCUGGUGUGUUUCUGACUCUGUUUUCAGUCCCGUCUGAUCCACGUAGCUUCAGAACCGGGUUACCAAAUUUAUCUCUGAGUUUUAAAAGCCGAAUGAAACUUGGAUAGAUACUUUAUUACUGAAACCCCAUCAGGAAUCCUUGAGUUUCAAUUCAAACGAGCCCGUUAUCAGAAAAGCUGCUUCACUAACAGAUUUUUCUGCUCAUCGAUCGUAAACAGACUCUGACUACGACUACAAACACAACAGGACGGAUGAGGCAGGAGUCUGAGUCUCAUGAGAAAAUCUGUUUCAGGUCUUCAGGGAUUAGAGACAACGAUGAUUGUCACAGAGAGCCAAGUGUGUGUUAGUAAAGCAGAGGGACGGAGUGAGCACUAAAAACAGAGCUGCAGCAUUAACCAGCAUUGUGUGAAAUCUGAUGUGAGGUUAUGGGCAGGUGUUCCAGCCCAGGAGACACUUAUUGAUCAGCUUUUUUUAGCCGUGAUCUCAGUAUUGAUCAAAUAAUAUUGGUUAUCAUUGUGGCCAUCAUCCUGUAGUUUUAUCUGAAACAUACAAUCAUUCAUGUUCCCCAAAGGUAAAUCAGUGUUGAAACAUACGACUGCUAAAUUUAUACUUAUUUGAGCUUAACGGACUUCAAACUGUUGAACAGCUGUCAUGACUUCAUCCAAAGUUACCCAGAUCAAUCUGCUGACCAGAUCAAUAAAUACUGAAGUCUGUCAGUUUGUUCGACCAACAGGACACCCAAACUUAAACUGAGGCUUUACUGUUUACCUGAGCGUCCUGAUUUACUGUUUCCUUGAAGCUAAUUAGCCGUUAGCUGAAGUCCAGCAUCAUUUUCACUCCUGCGCUCCGACCGUAAAACAAACACAGUUUCAUCGCUGAUCAUCACACACAUCUGAGGAGUGAGUCCACGUGUGUGUGUGUGUGUGUGUGUGUGUGUGUGUGUGUGUGUGUGUGUGUGUGUGUGUGUGUGUGUGUGUGUGUGUGUGUGUGUGUGUGUGUGUCACAGGCCCAGCAGAUGACCAUGCAGGCCAUUGCGAUCCAGCAGCAGAUGCUCUCCUCCUUCCCUCCUGUUUCUCCAGCCCCCAAGUCUCCACCUUCACAGCAUCUCCAGAACCAGGAGCCACACCGUCCUCACACACCCGGCCUGGUCAGUAAUCACACACAAACACAACAACACACACACACACGUGUGUGGAAAUAGAGUUUUUACAUCAGUGUCUGUGUCUCUGCAGAGCAAAGACGGUGAAGAGUCGACGUACAGACACGCUGCUGUCCACAGAAACAUCAGUACGUCUCUUACUCUUGGAUUUAUGUUUCCAGGUUUUCUGUGAUGCUGAAGGUCCAGAUGAUCUUUUUAUAAAAACACAGUUUAGUUUUCUGAAUCUAAGUCCUCGACCCGCCGUGG